AUGGCCAUCACCAACAAUGGUGUUGCUUCUGCUGCUGCUGAGGGUUCUAUUGGUCCCAAUCAGUGCACUGUCAAUGUCACAGGUGUGUCAUCAUCGGCGGAACCAGAGACAGGAAUCCCCACUGAUCUUCCUGGAAUUGAGAAUCCCAACACCUCCGUCGAGACAGACACUGUUGAACCAGCAAUGGUGGCUGCUUCUGUUAAUGUAUCUCCUUCUAAUGACACAGCAAACGAAGCUAAUGGCUCCAAAAUGGUUAGCAAAGCACAAACCGAGGUGACGGAGGUAGCAGGAUCUGAAGCCUUUCCCAAGGAAUCACAAAUGUCUCUACUGGGGACCUGCUCUUGUGUCUCCUCGGAGGAGGACAUGAAAAUAUCUCCUCAGCCAUUAAGUGUUGCGAGAGAGACCCAAUCUACUUGCGUAGAGGUAUCCCCCUCAGUGGAUGAGCCUGCUGAAACUGAAAAGCCAAUGGCCAGUGAGACAGCGACUGUGUUAGAGACAUCACCACUUGUUCCGACUGAGGGUGGGGACACCAAAACAAUAGCUAGAGACAAUACUGGUGUAGAAUGGGCUCUGCAAUCUGCAAGCGAGGAGAUGCGUUCUGAGGGUAUGAUUGUACCGUCUGAAGGCUCCAAACAGGUGGGCAAAGUAGUUAUGCCUGCACAACAGACAUGUCCUAUGCCACCAUCGACAACCACCCAGACAGAGCCAGUAUACUCUCCUAGUGCUGUCCAGCAGAAAGCAGAGGACACACCUGCAAUAGUUGGCGUUGCGAACUUUCAUUCGUCAGCUAAUGAGGCUACCAGAGUGGAAAACGCUGGUCCAGCUUCGGAAGUCCAAAAUGUGGUUGUCGAUGCUGUACCUACCACAGAAAGAUUGGAAACAGAAGCAGCCACAAAGGUGGAAUCCCAAACUUUGAACGAGUUGGCUGCCAAAGAUUGCCCUUCUGUCGAAACGGGAGCUGCGUCAGGCAACCCAACCCCAGCUCAUGAAGCUGCAAAAAGUGACAAACUAGUGGCCAACCCGUUGGCGUCGCCAUCAGAAACUUGUUCAGCAAACCCGCAGGUAAAUGCGGUUAGUGGUUCCAGAGAUUGCAAAACGAUUGAUAACGAACUGGAAGCGGAGGUUGCAGCAGAAUUUCCUUCCGUCCCUUCGCAGUCUGCGGGUGGCCAAUUAUAUCCUCCACAAGAAGUACACUCGAACAAGGAGUCUGCGUCAAGCACUACUACUGUUGACGUGGACCCCAAAGAUUCUCAGAUGGCAUCGAAAGCAGAAACUAAAGCCACAACGGAGUCUGGAGAAGCUACAUCUUCCACUGAUGAAACCGUAGACAGCACCAAACAAUGCCAAUCAACAAUGUCAGUGGAUCGACUCACCUUUGCUGUCAGUGGGUCUAAAGACUCUAGCGAGUGCACCUCUGCAGUCAGAACAGAAUCGCCUCUAGCACACUCACCAGCAGAAACCCCAGGCGCUUCGGGCGACGAAGCCACGCACUCCAAACCUACUUUCAUCGCAGAAGCUCUAGCGGCACCGUCAGUAACGGAAAAAACUUCAACCCCCAUUGAUUUGAACAGUUUGCAUGGGUUGUCUGCGGCCAGGAAAAAUGGCAAACGAAAACGCGACGAGAAGGCACCGUUCCAUUUCUUAAUGCUUCCUCCGUCGGAACAACCUCCUGCUUCGGCAUUCAAGGGAGCUGAUUCGAUGCUACUUACGGAUCCAAAGCUUCGACGAGAUUAUCUGUCACGGCGAUUCAGAGCUUACAAUCCACACGGAUCAACGAGUGACAAAGGUGUGGAUACCGAAGCUUCGUCUCCGAUACGGUAUUGCACAGACAUCACGUUAUGGUCUGGAGCAUCGUCUGUCGAGCGAGCUCUUAUCGAAAGUUGCGAACUACCUCCCUUACCGAAACACCAAAUGGGUGCGGCAUCCGAAGUGACAGGAGGAUCGCUCGCUCGAGGUCUUGAAAUCAGAUUCGCGGGUCUCGUGGCUGAACACUGCCAUGACAUAAAGUCGCGUCUACUGGCACUUGCUAUAUUGGAGCGCUCUCUUGAGCAAGACCAGAGAGAAGCCCGAGAAGAAGAAGAGAAUGAAAACGCCGAAGACGAGGAAUCCGACGAUAAAAAGUCCUCGAGUGACCAAGACGGCGAAACGGGAGACGGGGAAGAGGACGAUCAGUCCGUCGAAUCAAGUGACGAUAGCGACGACGACGAUUAUGCUGACGACGACUGGGAUCCAAAGGCGUCUCGGCGAACAAGUUCAAGGCGCAGCAGACGCCUGCAAACACGGAGAAGGGUUGGAAGGCCGCCCAAAAAUAGCCCCAAUAAAACUCGCGCGGGAGAACGAGGAAAGCAACAAGCUGCAUCUUCCAUAAAAACGGAGUCUGAUACAACGAACGAAGAUGAAAACGACGAGGAUGGACAACCAGCAGAACCCGACCGCAUGCUAGUGUUCUUCUCGGCGGGGGGCUUGAAGAUUCUUAAAAAUUGGCUGAUGGAGGCCAUGACAAAACUUGUUGUCGUUGCAACCAAGUCAGCGGCGACGAAGGAACUACGAUCGGCCGCAAAAGUGCCAAAACACAAGCCUUCCGAGUAUGGGCCCAUGCUGAUCCCUUUGCUGAACUUGUUAAGCAAGAUUCCGUUCAACAAAGAGUUGGUCAUGGAGUCUAAAAUCAACAAACAGAUACGUCGGCUUAGCAAGCAAGUGGAUGGACUCAUCAAAGAGUUCAAGAAAAGUUUUAGCAACAAAACCAAAGAAGGUGGCGUCCCAACACCUGGGCUGGAUACCUUUGUUGACCCUGAAGGGGGAGUGGGAGGUUGCGUUGUUGUUCAAGUUCAAGAAAUCUUGAAUAAGUUAAAGAAAACAUGGGAAGAAGAAGCUACGAAAACCCCCGCCGACCAGCCAGGUGGGGACCCUUCCGUGAUUAAAGACCCCUUUGAAACUAUGAAAGGCAAACUACGAGAAAGACUCAAAGAAUUGGACAGACACAAAUCCUCAGAGAAAGGUGCAGAGCUGGGAUGGCUGAAGAAAAUUGAAGAACUGGACGAAGAGCGAGAAAGAAAACGACCUCGAUAUCUUGUUGUUGAGACCGCGAAGGCUGUCAAAGCCGAGGAAUCUGAAGGGGGUAGCACUGAGCACCUGGCACUGAAAGAAAGAGAAGCAGAACGAGCGGCGUUGAAGGACAAGCUGAAAGCAGCUCAAGCGGAACGAAAGGCUCACUUGGCGCGUUUGAAGAGCCAAAUAAGUAAGCGCAUUCAUGGAAACUCAAUCAGUGCCGCCGCCCGCAAUGAGACUCGCGAGCGAAAGAAACGAAAGCGCAAUGGCAAGUCUGUGAAAUGGAAAGAUGGGCUCACAUCUGACAAGACCAAGAAUCGCGAACUGCUGGAAGAAGUCUUUCUUCUGACAGACAAGAAAGAGACGGCAAAACCUGCACCCGCCGAGCCGGUAGCUCAGCAGCCAGUGUUGGACGAAGAACCUACGUCGGACGAACCUGAUCCUCCUCAGCCGGCAAAGGAAGAAGAGGUUUGUCCGCGGGAUCUCGAUCCUCACGGAUUGUUCGACUUUGAUGAGACCCUCCUUUUGUAG